CUUUUCCAAGCCUGCCAGGUUUCCAAGCUUAUCAUUUCACUUCUCGUCACUGCACGACCGAUGCCACAGACAUCUUGACACUGCCAGCAUGGAUGAGCAGGUCGAGCACCAGCAAGGGAUGGCGGUAGAGUAUCGCCCGGUGCAGCGUAUUGGUCUUGCAUGCCUGGAAUGUCGCCGCAAAAAGGCUCGAUGCAGUGGCCACAGGCCUCAGUGUGGCCAUUGUCGUCGUCUUGGUCGAGAAUGCCAAUAUCUGUCGUCAUCCAGUCGAAAUUCCAAUUCAACACACCCAGGUGCUGCCCCUGCCACCGUUGCCUCAUUCAGCAACGGCAGCAACGAAGAGUCGAUCUCAUCCCUCUCAGAACGUCUCAGCCGUAUAGAAGAACUCCUACUCGAUUUACAUGACCAAGUUACUGGUUCCUCUCGAGACCUUGACGUGGUGUCAUUGUCGGCGUCAAGACCAUUCGCAACCUCCUCAAGCAACACAGGGAAUCCACGAGGGUCCUUGUCUCCCUCAGUAGCAUCAAAACCACGCUACAGUUCCCUGUCACAAGCAUUUCCCCCGCGUGCUGUAAUUCUGGGUUGCGUCAACAAUUACUUCAGCCACUGCCACAAUCAACCGUAUUCCUUCUUCCACGAAGCCAGCUUCCGUCAGAGUCUUGAAAGUGGUGUCUUGCCGGACCAUCUCGUUCUCGCGGUCCUCGCCAGCUCCGCUCGCUUCUCCUCCGACCCCUACUUCUCUGACCCGCACGAGAGCGCUGCGCAGUUUGCAAAUCUCUCUUGGAAGGCAAUUGUAGGUAGCUGCCUGGCUCAUAAUCAGGCGGCUCAUGUCCAGACAGUUCAGACCAUCACGCUACUAGCUAUAUUCGACUUUACAGCCGGCAAAACACGCCAUGGUUCUGCCUGGGUUAAGAUUGGUCUCUCAGUCCGUAUAGCUCAGGAUCUCAAACUCAUGGUCGAAGAUGAAGCUAGUCUUCUAGAGCCUGAGCGGGAGGAGCGUCGCCGAGUCUUCUGGUCCAUCUACCUCCUCGAUCGUCUCGUCUCCUGCGGUCGUUGUCGGCCUCCCGCUGUUUUGGAUGCAUCCUGUCAACUUCAGCUACCAUGCGACGAGCCCACCUACCGCGACGGACGCUGGCAGCCCACCAUGAAGCUUGAAGAGUUUCUAUUACGGAAGCCACUUCCCGACAGCGUCCUCCACAGCCCGCUCGCCCACGUCGCCCUUUUGGCGUGCUCACUCGCUCGUACGGCAGGCUACAUGCUUCAACAGUUCAAUGUCCGGAACCAUAACCCGCCUUGGGAUGCCAACUCAGACUUUGCCUCCAUCGAGUCGGAUUUGUUGUACACAGAGACUGCUCUAAUGUCCUCGAAAUCAGCCGCGGAAAUUGUGAGUUCCCAUCGCCUCUCCGACGGAUCGAUCGACCAGCCUAGUACUGGGCCUGCAAUUUUCUCUAGGGCCUUAUUCCACCUAUGCCAUUGCAUUCUCUACCAUCCCUUUCUGCUUAGGCGAAGAAUUUCCUCUUUCCUGCCUGCUGUCCCCUCGUGUUUCCUCUCACGCUCGUUUGCAUCAGCAUGGGAACAUGCUCGAGCUAUGAUUGAGCUUCUACAAGAGGCUCGUCGUCUUGGCGUCGUUGUCCAGGCAUCCUUUUACGGCUACUGUAUGGUUAUGGCUGGCUCCAUUAUCGGUGUCCAGUGCCAUAAUGACCAGCCCUGGAGGGCAGAUCACUCAGCUCGUCUACUUUCUGAAAGCGUAGAGAUUGCGCAAGACAUUGGCCUGUGCUGGAAGAAUGUAGCGACUAUGGCUCAAUUCCUGAAGCGAUUCUCCGCCAUGCGCAGGGCCUACUCUCAACUAGCAUCCGAUGAACCGAAAAUUAUUGGUCUCAGCCAGGCUGAGGAAGAGUUUAUGUGGUCUCUUGUUGACUACAGCACUAUAUCAAGCUCGACUGAGUCUGAACAGCAGGUUAUCACUGAUCUAGAUCAGUGUGGUGAAACGGAAUCCGCUUUGUUCGAUUUGUUUGGCACGUUUCCUGUUGAUUUAUCCACUGGUAACUUUAACCAAAUGGGGGAGCCGUCGUUUUUCAAUUUUCCCGAAGUCCCAUGCGUCGAUAUGCAAUCUUCAAUUUCUAGGGUCUACGAAGAUUUAAUGUAGUUUAGCUGUGAUGAGUACCAUACGUCUAGGAAUGAGAAAUUAAAAAGUGG